AUGGUUGUCUAUCGUAAUAUUCAAAACACACAUCGCCCUACAACUGCCUCAUUAACUUUGGUUAUCAAGGUGGGCACAUCGUCCAUCUGUGAUGAAGUUUCACAUUAUCCAUUGUUGGGAAAUCUCUCGAGAAUCGUUGAAACCAUCAUUCAACUCAAGCGAUUGGGUCAUCGUGUUGUUCUUGUAACCUCUGCUGCUGUUGGUACGGGCCUAAGAAGACUCAACUUGUCAGAAAAACCAAAGAAACUGGCCUCCAUUCAGGCUAUUGCUGCUGUUGGUCAAGGUCGUUUAAUGAGCAUGUAUGAUGAUCUCUUUGGUCAAUUCAACCAACCCGUUGCUCAAAUCUUGUUGACUCGCAACGAUUUAGCUGAUCGUUCCCAAUACUUAAAUGCUGUCAACUGCUUAGAAGAGCUCUUGGACAUGGGCGUUGUUCCUAUUAUCAAUGAAAAUGAUUCCAUUUCAGUCAAGGAAAUCAAAUUUGGUGACAAUGAUACCCUCUCCGCCAUUGCUGCUGGUAUGGUCAAGGCUGACUAUCUCUUCCUCAUGACUGAUGUUGACUGUCUCUACACGGAUAACCCAAGAAGCAACCCUGACGCUCGCCCAGUUCUUGUUUGUGAUGACAUUGAGCAACUGAAAGAUCAAAUCAAGGUCAGUGCACCUGGUUCCUCUCUCGGCACAGGUGGCAUGAUCACCAAAUUGGUAGCUGCUGAUUUAGCCACUGCAGCUGGUGUCACUACUGUUAUUGCACGUGGCGCCACACCUGAAAACAUUAUGCCCAUCAUUGAUCCCCUGGUCACUGAUUCCAAGAAAAUCCCUCUCCACACUCGCUUUGUCGCCAAACCUCAGCCAUUGAUGGACCGUAAAUGGUGGAUUUUACACGGCUUGCAUACAGCUGGCACAGUCUACGUUGAAAGCAAUAUCACCGAUGCUAUCCAUGAUGGUCAAUUGGACAAUGAUCUUUUUGUUCAUUCUAUCUCCAAGGUUGAGGGCACUUUUGUCGAGCAUCAAGCUGUGAAUUUGGUCGUGCAACACAAGGAUGCUCAAGGCCUCGUAGACAAUAUUACCAUUGCCAAGGGUAUCGUGAAUUACUCUUCAGCUGAAAUCAUGCGUAUCAUGCUUGCGAAAGAAAGCAACAUCAUUGAUUCGCUUGGCUACAAAGAUGCUUCUUGCAUUAUCAACCGUGACAACAUGGCCAUCUCACUGUAA